ACCUUUCAUUACAAAUUGAGAUUCUAAAGAAAUUAAAAUCAUCACCGAAUAUCGUAAUAUUUGUGGGCUUUACAAAUGGUGAUCAUUGUCAAUAUUUAGUUACCGAAUGGCUUGAAUAUGGAUCUUUAAAAGAAUUUUACACUAAGCACAAGGAGUUGAUGACGACGGCAAAAAGAUUAGAAUUUGCUACUGAUAUUGCUAGAGGGCUGAACUUUCUGACGAUUGUUGGAAUAUUUCAUCAUGAUGUAAGAAGUGAAAACGUAUUUGUUGGAAAGCAUAAGGAGGCGAAAAUAGGAAAUUUUGGUUUAUCGAGAGAAGUUAAUAAAAGAACUAAGCAAAUUAAAGCUGAUAUUCAUAACAUCAGGUAUAUGGCACCUGAGCUCCUUAACACGACAACUUCGAAGGACAUCCGAAAAAACAAUGUUGCUUAUAAUUACAAGUGCGAAGUUUAUAG